AAUUCUGCAAGUGGUUCUGAUUUACUAUCGCUGUUCUCUAGCUGGUCUAAAACCGCUUUUGACCUAAAGGGACGCUUUUCGGACGCCAUGGAUGUUUCUCAGUUUCCAGGCAGAAAAAACAGUCAAAAUGCAGGCAGGGCACAGGACAAAGCAUUAGGGACAAAAUGUAUGUGAAAUGGUUUGAUACAUGAAUGUCACUUUUUGUCAUUUUCAAAUUUCCCGCCGUUCCGUCCCCCGUAUGUCUCGACGCUCAGAGGGAACGGAACCCAGAUGGCAGAUGCCGGCAUCCACCGGAUUACAUUGCAGGGGACACUGCAGGAGGGACAU